AACCAUACUCACUCACUACUAAAUUAAUAGUUCCGUACAGUCGAAAUACAGACGUGAAAUACAUUGAAAAGGUAAUCCAGCCUAAUAAACUGAGGAAAAAUAUUUUCAAAAUCUUUUGUCUUAGUCCAAUUCUGUUUAACAGUCAAUUGUUUCGCUUGAUGACAACUGUACAUGUUUGGUAUCUUUUAAUGGCCUGAAGAAUAAUCUAGCAGGAAAAGCCGAGAAUAUGCCGUUGCCUGCAGUGCUAUAAGUUUAAUAUGAGUAAGCUCUGACAUAACACGAAGGAAGAUUGUGUUCACAGAUCAAUAUGCUAGCUUUGAACCGCGAAUUAUGCACAAUGUCACGUGACCUAGCAUAAUCACGCGUCAGGCAUUCAAAUCUAUAAAUAGCACUCAAACUGAAAGUAGAUAUUUCCUUGUGUACUAUUAAUAGACGCACGUCACUACAUUCAAAAGAUCGAAAAAUGGCGUCACCUGCUUGCAAUCGCGAAGAAGGAAAUCUUCAUUGUUCUCCUUACUUGUAGUUAUGUACAGAUAAAAGUGAGUUUUCUAGUGAUAAACUUCAUGGAGGAAGCUGGAUUCGGAGAAGGUGGGAAGGCGAAUGACAGCAUAAUGUACGCGGGUCUCCGAGUUGUGCGAGGUCCUGAUUGGUCCAGCGCAGAGAGUGAUGGAGGUGAAGGUCACGUGGGUACUGUUGUGGCACUGGAGGGCGCAGGUCGUGUUGACGUCAUUUGGGACGGCGGUCAGAGAACGACGUGUAGAGCAGGGAAAGACGGCAAACAUGACCUGAGAAUCCUCGACAGUGGCGCCAUAGGAAUACGUCACAGGGGAUUCACAUGUGUUGGCUGUGACACCGAAGAUUUUCUCGGGACGAGAUGGACGUGUAGCCAGUGCAAGGGUGACACUUUAUGUCUUCCGUGUUACUCCGCGGAUAAACAUGACCCUAGUCACGUGUUCCUACGUCACGAUAUGCCCGAGGAUGCGGGUGUAAAAGUAAAGAAAAGGACUACCUGUCUGAAGAUACGCUCCCUCGGGCUCUUCUCUGGGGCACGGGUCGUGAGGGGAGAGGACUGGAAAUGGGGGACACAAGAUGGUGGCAGCGGAAGAAAGGGAACGAUCACUGAGAUUCACCACGAGCCCAAGGCAGGGACAACACGAGACACAGUGAGGGUGAAGUGGGAUGUGGGUCCCUCCAAUCUAUACCGGGUGGGGCAUGAGGGCAAGGUGGACCUUAAGUACGUGGAGGAGGCCCCUGGGAUGUCCUACUACAGGGAUAACUUGCCGGUCUUAGAUGUAACGAGCAUGCACAGUCCACAACCUGCUGUCAGCACGGAGAUAGACGUUGGGUGUAAAGUGUGUAUACAGUUGGACAAAGAUGGGAUGAAACGAGUGCAGGCUGACAAGGGCGGUUGGACAGCUAGCAUGGCCACGUGUGUUGGAAAAGUCGGCACAGUCAGAGAAAUACCAUGUGAUGGUGUUGUUUCUGUUGAGUUUGAAAACAGUAGAUACAGACUGGCAACUGAAGCCAUCACAAAGGUCUAUGACCAUCACGUGAAUGACGUGGUCCGUGUUCUCAUUGACAAGAAGAAGGUUCGGAUGCUUCAAGAAGGACAUGGAGAAUGGAACGCCAAAAUGGAAGAGUCCUUGGGUAAAGUAGGUCGGGUGAAGAGGGUUGACAGCGAUGGAGAUGUGGUGGUUGUGUUUGGUUUAAGGAAGUGGAUCUUCAACCCUGCCUGCUGUGUCCCUGCCCCGGGGGAGAAGGUGGACGCCGACGUCGGUGGUGCAGGGGCUGACAUUGUCGAUGCAGUCCCAGUCCUGGACCAGAUGCUAGAUGGAUUGCUGGAAAAUCUGAGGAGCCUUGUAGGAGGGGACGCUUCAGUAAUGGCGAUGGGGGGUAUGACUGGGGCCAUUGUGAAGGGGGACCUCGAUGCUGUUAAAGCCAUGGUCCAGUCCAGACCGGAGCUGCUAUCAGGUCCAUCUGGAAUCCAGAGGCUGACGCCAUUGAUGGUAGCAUGCCACGAGGGUCAGAUGCAGAUAGCCCGCUUCCUGUUGGAGAGUGGAGCUGAUCUUGAUGCUAAAGGUCAAAUGGGAAUCACAGCUCUUUCUGCAGCUAUAGCCGGCAAGAAGGAGGCCAUUACGACCAUGCUGAUACAGAAGGGCGCCGACAUCCAUCACAGGCACCGCAACGGGCAGACAACUCUUCAUCUUGCUGUACACAACAAUCUCCCGCACGUCCUCAAAGUGCUGGUGAAGAAGGGCGUGGACGUCAAUGCUACGGACAACGCCGGCGAUACCCCACUCCAUGACGCGAUAUUUAUUAAAAACCACGAAUGUACAGAGGUACUGAUCGAAUGUCCAAGCACCAAUCUGCGACACUGUAACAACACAAACUUCAACACCCUGCAAUGGGCAUGUCUUAAAGACAAUGUGCCUUCUGUAGAAAAAAUUCUUGAGAGAGACACGUCAUUUGUAAAUGAGCUGAUGUCCGACGUCCCCUACGCCGCUCUCCACAUCGCAGCCGCCAACGACCACGUGGAAUGUGGCAGACUGCUCCUUGACAAGGGCAAGGCCGAGGUUAACCGGAAGGGUCAUCAGGGACAAAGUCCUCUUCACAUCGCCGUCAGCCAGCCGUACUACAGGGCAUCGGAACUCCUUCUCCAGAAAGGUGCAGAUCCCAAUUUUGAAAAUGCUAUUGGUGACAGGCCGCUCCACGUGAUGUGUGUUCAUUGCUCCCAGAAGGGAACCAUGUCGUCAAGUGAGGCAGAGAGGUUCUUCAGAGUUGGGCGGCUGCUUCUUCAGAAUGGCGCAGCGUACAAGGCCAGAAACAAACUCGGAAUGACGGCCCUAAGCCUGUGUAAUAACACUGGUGUCAAAACAGCAAUCCAGAAAUACAUCGAUCAGAAUCAAGAAUCAUUGAACACUGAAGCCCCCAGCUCAACUCGCAGCUUACCACAGGGCUUAGGUGGGCUGAAUCUGUUCGACUUCCCCACGCCGUGCAGCAGCUGCUUUGGGCAGCCGUCAGAUGCCAAGUUCGCCCCAUGCGGACAUAAAGUAAUGUGCAAGUCGUGCGCUGACAGCUGCACGAAGUGUCCUGUAUGUGACACACCGGUACAGCGUGCACAGAGAGUCGCACAAGGUGAUGACGAUUCCCCCGAGGUGCAGUGCAAGGUUCAGUAGAUUAGAGAUCACCCAAUGUUGGAAGAUAGAAAGUCACUCCGCAGGCUUAAAGAACUGUUCACCCAUUGUUGGAAGAUAGAAAGUCACUCCGCAGGCUUAAAGAACUGUUCACCCAUUGUUGGAAGAUAGAAAGUCACUUCAAAGGCUUAAAGAACUGUUCACCCAUUGUUGGAAGAUAGAAAGUCACUUCAAAGGCUUAAAGAACUGUUCACCCAAUGUUGGAAGAUAGAAAGUCACUCAACAGGCUUAAGGAACUGUUCACUUGACGUUCCUUCACAGUACCUCAGAACAUACAUAGUGUGUUCUGGUCAAAUAAUAAACUGCCGCACAAACGAAACUAUAGACUUUGAAAUUGGAUUUGACCAAAAAAAUACAAACGUUGUCAAAACAUUAUAAUUACGAGGCAGAAAACAGUCGCCUAAACACUGCAAACUUAGGUACAAAACACAACUAUGACACCCGUAUAAAACACAUCACCAUCAAAUACAAAUUUCCUGAUUAUUAAAUGUUUAGCCUCUAUCAAAUAUGGGUGUGACCUUCGUUUGCCCGGCAGUUUAGAGACAAGCCUACCCAACCGGUGAUGUUUAUCAGUGACCGUAAUUAUUAUACAGAUGUUAGCUGAUAUGAACAUUUGUCUCUCCAGACUAGCAAGACACGUAAUAACUGUAAAUAUGUUUGAUAGUGGCGUCCUGCCUUUCCCAUACAAUACCACGUGUGUCCAAAAUAUACGACGUAUAUUCAUUCAAACGUAUGUAACAGACUUUCAUAUAUAUGAGUCUCAGAUAUUUCGUCCAACAUAUAACAACAUAUUUUGCCUCGAGAACGAAGAAGCAUGAGUUAUUUUUUACAAGAUAUACGUUCUCCGAUUUAGUUAAUAUUUGUAAUUUGUAAUCAAAGAAUGUUUUAUUUCUGCUUUGAUUUUUUUUGUAUACCCAAACCAACGAGCGUGAGGGCUGAAGUGUGUUCCAUUUGUCCUAGAACCUCCAAUUGAAAUGUAUUCCAAGCAAAGGGAAUUAAAGAGCACCCGAUUGUA